AUUGGAUUAUACUUCCACAGAGCUAACUCUGUUGUCAAACAAAACCAUCAUGGAAUCUCCACUUUACGCAAAUUCCAUUUCCAUUUUUCUUCUCUUUUGAUUUUCCCUUUCCCAUUUCCUCCCCUAAACCUUACACAAACUUUCUUCUCCAGUGAGAAUAAUUUUUACAUGGAAUUUUCAUCUGGCACACAUUGAUUUUCUCUAUCUUUUAUUAUAAAGGAAUAUCUCAUUCUUGCCCUCAUGUCCAAAGUUGGAAGCAUAUUUUUCUGCUGCAGUUCAUCAAAUAAAUAUAACAGACUGGAUGCGAAGCUGGGAAGAAAAAUGGUUGAAGUCAAAAGAAAUUCAGCUGGACAUGACAAUUUCAAGUCAUUGAAUGGCAUAAUCUUGAGAUUUCCUCAAUUCAAGGAGGGAUUACAAAACAUCAGGGGUGUAUUUGAACAGUAUGAUGAAGAUUCGAAUGGAAGCAUCGAUCGCGAAGAACUCAAGAAAUGCUUACAACAGCUACAAAUGCAUAUGACCGAGGAGGAAGUCGAGGAUCUUUUCCACUCUUGUGACAUUGAUGGAAGUGCCGGAAUACAAUUCAAUGAGUUUAUCGUUCUCCUAUGUCUCAUUUAUCUUCUCAAAGACGAACAUUCUCUCACUAAAUCAAAGCUGGGUUCACCUCAACUUGAAGCAACUUUUGACACAAUCAUCCAAGCUUUCAUAUUUCUAGAUAAAAAUGGUGAUGGCAAGCUCAACAGGAAAGAAAUGGUCAAGGCUCUGAAUGAGGCUUCUCCAUAUGAGAGAUCCCCUGCACGCAUUACAAAGACUAGAUUCAAGGAAAUGGACUGGAACAACAGUGGGAAGGUGAAUUUCAGGGAGUUUCUAUUUGGUUUCAUUAACUGGGUUGGAGUUGACACUGAUGAUGAUCUCUCUCCCACAUGAAUUUAAAACAGGAGAACACAUGAAGACAAUGGAUUUAAAAUAAGGUCAGAUUGAUACAAUGUUCAAAACUGAAUGACUUUGCCUAGUGAAUAUAGUUAUAUACUAAUUACUAUUGUUUGUUUGUUUGUUUGUUUCGUUUGGUGAAUUGUAAUGUUCAGACGAUCUUGUGGAUUAAAUUACAUAAUGUUAUUCUUACUGUUGUUAUUAUACGGUGUUGACACAA